AUUUUAUACCCGGCGGGUUCGGUGGCCAGGCAGUCUCCCAUUCAUCGCCAUCUCACUGCUCAGCUCGGCCGUGAGGGAAGUGCUUCGCGUCAGCCUCUCUCGCUGUGUCUGCGCGCCUUCACUCUCGACACCGAACAGCGCGGUUCCAAGUACUGUCGUCUGCGUAUCGUCCACUGCGAGUGCGACGCUCGGAAUCAGCGUAGAUCCUCCGUCGCAGCCCUUUCAGUGGCCGCACUUGCGUCGUACUGGCGUCUCGCGUUCUUCAGCCCGCUGCUGCCGCACAGACAUUCCAACUAACAAAAUCUCAAGUUUCUGAGCCUGAUCACUUCGCUCUGAAGUCUCUGCACCGUCAAAAAUGACCGACAACUGGCGGCUGGACGUUAAGUUCCAAGGCCGCUCCAUCGACCUGGUUGGUCGACUUCCAGCCGAGAAACGCUCGCUGCUGCGGGACUUCCCACGUCGUCUGGCCGUUGGAACCAAAGCCAAACUGUCUGCCAUCCCACAGAAGGGAUUCUUCUGCAAAUUCUUCGCCAAGAACUGCGAGGAGAUGAAAGUUUACAUGAAGAAACACGAGUGCGCGCUAUGCGUGCAGUUCGUGGCGUCCACAUUCAACUUCACACUAUAUCUGCUGGUUCCAGUGGUACUAAAAGGUCUCAAGUGUCUGCAUCGACUACGAAAAAGCGGUAUGUUGCAGCUAGAAUGGAGGAAUACCGAUACUAUGGAGUUUUAUGGAUGAAUACUGAUGAGAUUUUUUUUGUAUGUUACAGGAGCGAGUGCAGACUCUCUCAAGUCGUUGUGCACAGAUAGAGAUGGCGUGGUAAUUGGAUUUAUAGUGUCGGAGGUGAAUGUGGAGAUGGAGGAAAAGCUGCACGAGCGUAUGAAAGUCAUGAAAGAGUUAGAAUCCACAGCUAAAGCGAUUUCGGACACAUUUGGCGAUCCGAUGCUUGAGUUUGACUUGCUUUUGGACCAGUUGGAUACCAAACCAUCGGCGAUUCAGGCUUGUUCCAACUUUAUAGUUCGUCAUCAGCAUUUGCAUGACGCUAUUUGCCAGAAAUUGGCUCAUACGAUGGAUGCCAUGCAAAAUUCGAAAGCACGAGCGAGUAUUGUGUACGUUGUGCACGAUGUAGUCAAGUCAGUGCGUGCGAAUUUUCCGCAAAAGGAGCGAAAUGUCAAGAUGCGCGAGUCGGCAUUGGUGUUAUCGCUCGAAAAGAUCCUGUUCCAGUUGGCGCAAAAACUACAAGACGACGCGAAGCACAAUCCGAAUGUUCGAGCAGUAUUUGAGUUCUGGACCAAAUGGGGAUUGCAGUACUCGGCACCCGUAGAAGACGAGGAUGCGUCAAAAGACGAUCCUAUUCUCAAGAUUGAUGAAGCAUUCGAGAUGCUGGAGCGAGAGGUAUCACUAGUGUCCGAUGCUUCCUCCUCCCCCGUCAAGCCUUCAGCACCGCCCGAGGUUUUGGCAUUUAUGAAGAAGCACAACAUCCAACCAGGUCCAUGGGAAGUUUAUCUUGGACGUGCCUCGCCUCAAGAAUUGGAGGAGUUGGACGCGGUUCUUGAUCUCAACACGAAGUAUUUCGGCUUUAACAACUGGGAUUCGUCCGAGAAAGGAGGCAGGCGAGGUGGUGAGAUGUUCUUGCAUCAUUACACCAAGUCGAUCAUGCCAUGGCUGCUACACGCAUCAGUAUCUUCUAAUUCGAACUCGGGGAAGAGGAAACGCGCCAAAGACUCUUUGGCUUUGCUGCGUGACGCGUUCUUGUGCACGUGGGAUCUCGAUCCAACAGCUGCACGUGCGGUAUCUGAUAUCGACCACUUCUUACUAGACGACAUGUGGAAGAAAAUGGAGCAUGUCAAGUGUCAGAAUCCCUCGGCGUUUGUGUUUGGCAAAGUCAGGCGAGUCAAGACCAUCCAGUUUGCUAAUAGUCCUGCUACAGAUGCGAUCGUCAAGUCAGUUGAGGACGAGUCGAAGGUGAAACCCAGUGCACUCGUUGCAGAACUCACCAAAGUAUUCAAGCUGGACACCAUGGCGCGCGAAAUGGUGGCCAAAGUCAAGUCGAAAUCAGAUUUAUGCUAUAUUGCAAAAGAACUCUGCCAUCGUUGCCGCCAUCACAUGGUGGCGAACCCUUCCGUGCACAUGGUCAAGCUCUGCCAAAAGGUCCUUGCAACUAAGAACCCCAUGAAAGCCUACUCGUCAGCAAUGAAGAGCAUGAUCUCUCGACAGAUGAAGAUGUCGUCCAUGUUCGACAAGGAGGCAAAGAAAAAGCGAAAGCUGGAGAGCGUGAGCGCGUCAUCUUCUCCUGUUACUGAAAGCGAAGCCUCGAGCUCUCCUCAUUCUGAGCUUACAGAUGCCGAGCUGGCUGCAGUGAAGCGACGGAUCCCGAAGCCUCCAAAGCUGCUGUUCAAAAAGGUGGACCUGAAAACUAUCACGUAUCAGGAGACAAACGAUAAUGGCACAGUUGGAGUCGCGGUUUCCGGUAUCCCCAACGCCGGAAGGGGACUAUUUAACCUGUCAGAUCACCCGUGGCCGGCGUUUUCUGUUGUCUGUAUCUUCGGUGUUCGUCGAAUUACCAAGGAAAUGCACCAUGAUGGACUGAACAAGGUAGCACGAUGCGGCGAAUUGGGCGAGACUUUUGUCGUUGUCAACGGCACUGUACGAGAUGUAGACAAGUUCCAGACACAGUAUGGCCACCGCUUGAUGCCUUUCGACGGGUUGGUGGACGCGGACGGUUCAGUCGGCGGAUUUCCGAAUGACCGGGUGUACGAAUACCCUGCGGAUGUCUAUUGGGACGCGUCGGGAUUCUACAACAACUGCAUUCUUGUACCUGGCUGCGUGAUUGAGAACCCUCAGGACACGACAAGCCCCAUAGUUUUGAACCAGCUGUACAUCGUCACGUGGAAGGAGGUUGCAGUGCGCGAGGAGUUUUUCCUGGCAUACGGCACGUCCUAUUACGAGGACGACGAGAAGACCAGCACCACGAGUGAGGGAAGCAGCAACUAGUUUAGCGAAAUAGAAGCAGCGAGGCCUAUCAACCUCGCUACCCACCGUAACCUAAGAAGAACGACCCUAUAGAACCAUCGACCAAGCGCCUGAAGCCUCACAGCCGGACUCUUUGAUUUACAGAUUGGUUGACUAAUGAGCUUUUAUUUGAUCUUUACAUUUACCU